GGGCGGUGGGCGUGGCGUCACUCUCGGAGCUGCAGUCGCUUUCCUUUUCCUUCUACUUCCGGCGCGGGCGGUUUGAAGGCGAUGGCGGGCGUGUUGUACCCGCUGCCGGGCAUGGUGGAGGAGCUGGACUCCUCCCUCUCGCUGCUGGAGGUAAGCGACGGGCGAGGGCACCAGCGGCGACAGGCGGGCGCAGAGGAGGACGCCGACCUGCUGCCCAUGGUGUUCCUCUGCGGCGGCUGCAAGCGGCCGGUGGGCGACACGCUGAGCUGGGUGUCCAACGACGACGAGGCGGACUGCAUCAUGCUGCGCAGUGCGGCCGCCAGCGUCUCUGUGGACGAGGAGCGGAAGAUCUCCAAGCGGCCCGGCGAGUGCGGAUGCGUGAUUGAAACACUGUUCUGCUCUGGCUGCUCAAUGACACUUGGCAACAUCUACAGAUGCACCCCAAAGCAUCUUGAUUACAAGAGGGAUUUGUUCUGUUUCAAUGUUGACUCAAUUGAAAGUUACAUUCUAGGAUCCUCAGAAAAGCAAGCUCUUACUGAUGAGGAACCUUUAACUCUUGAAAGUCGAGCUGUCUUGGAAGAGGUAGUACAAAGGGCAGAUGCUGUAUUAAAGGCUCUGGAGACAAGACUAACUGAUGUCGAAUCGAGUUUGGCUUCUCUUCACAACAAAGUCUGAAAGAAACUACAUGCAGGAAGGCUAGCUGCAGGAGAAUGAUGUGUGUGAAACUUGUCCUUGUAAUCCUCUGGACUUUGUGGGAACCCUGCAGAAGCUGUGUGAAGAACUGACAGACAUCAGUGGCUCAUGCUGCAGUAGAACAAUGCUGACUAUGAGUCUUUACCACAGACAAGGAGUUUCUCUCUUUUCUGUUACAAGGAUACCCCAGAAUUUUUUUUGAAUCAAGUUUCUGUAGACUUUUAGUUUAUAUGUAAAUAUUUAUUUACAUUUUUAUCUCUGAAAGCAAAACAUUUAUCUUCUGAGUUUCCUGCUGUUCAAUAUCUACUGAAUUGGGUGUGCUUCUGCUUCAUAAAUGAUUUUUCAAAAAUCAUUGUGAUAUCUGAAAGACCAUCACAUGUUACUUUCCUUGUCUCCACAGCCUUUGCUUGACCUUUGCUCAGAGGUGGGAAGGUGGGAAUGGUACAAUAAUUGUAUGGGGUCAUUUGUUGUUUGUGUCUCUUGUUUCUUCUGGGGGGUGGUUUUGGGGGAAGUUUUGUGGGGUUUUUUUGUGUGUUGUGUUUUUUUUUUUCCAAGCUCAAGGAUAAAAUGUAAAGUAAAAGAAGGCUUUAAAAGCAUUAGAUAAGAAUGGUUUUCCAUGCAGUAUUGAAGGCCUUAUGUUUUGCGGCUCCAAGGAGAGGAAAACAAGCAAGGCUGGUAACAACACGCAAAGCUUGGUGUAUAUUUGAGCAAUGAAUUCAAAAUGCUGAGGAGGAACAUUUGUCAGCAUUUUGUUGUUUUAAUGCAGAUAUUCCGGUUAUUUGUCUUUGAGCUUCUGUGUAUUUAACUAACUGUCAGGGUUUCUUAUAUAGUGCGAGUGUUGCAAGUAAUUGGGUUUUUUCAAUAAAACAAAAGUAAGCAGUUGUAGUCUAAAGGAAGACCAAUUUUGAAAGUUACUUUUUUAGCCAACACUAAUUUUACUACUGCAAGCUUAAGUUUUCUCUAAAAAUCUGGAAUGAAUUUCCUGCUGUUCUCCCCCAUUGGUAGGCACUGUUUGUCUUAUAAAAGCUUUCCCCCUACACCUGUUCUCUGUUUACAGCUUUGUUUUGAAGUAGUACUCAAGUUUAACCUGUAGUGAUGGGUCUUGUAUUUUUUCAUGUUCAGGUUACUAAAACAUUUUGUUACUUGCAUACCUGCCAAAGUUCCCAUCAAUUUCAGUGUAAUUUUUAAGGCAACUUCUUCUCUAACAAGUUUCUGAAUACUGGUAAGCAACAUAAUAGACUUCAUGCCAGAUGUCUGAAAAGAGCCAUGAACUCUACCCUUUAAUUGAAGUUUGGUUGAUGUUUUUCAUUAUAUACAGAGUAUGCUUUUGUUGGGAGUGUUAACAGUUGAUGGCUUGAUAAACCUGCCUUUUCAGACAUUACGCUUUUUCCAUAUAUGUGUAUGUAUCUUUUAACAUGGUUUUAAUUUUCUGUUAAGGACAACACAAGCCCAUAAGGAUAUUUGUAGAUUAUUUUUUUUAAUUUUGAGAUGAAUGUGUGUUCAAGUUUUAUAACCAAAGGUACAGACAAGAUGGCAUAAUCUUCUAUAUCUGUAUUCCAAUAAAGUAGCCACAAAACACAAAA